AUGGAUCGCUUCCAGCACACUCCGGAACUCUCUGCAGCGAAUGGCGUACCUGCGCAGUCAGCGCUGCUGGCACGACGUCGCAAAUCCCUCCCUUCGCGAGCUCACGCGGCAAGGAAGAGCCCCUUGACCGUCGACCCAGCAUCUCCCGAAGUCAUUUCGUCGUUGAUCUCCUCCCUCUCGACAAUCUCCGUACCCGUCCAAAGCCAUUUUGAUAACGUGCCGCGCAUCGAUCCUGAUAUCCCUUCUGCUCCCAGUUUUCUCCAAACCGAAUUCUGCAUCCCGGACCCGCCGCCGUCAUCGUCAUCGAAUGGACCUGGUUUUGGUGUGACGUACGGGGCUCAAAAGUCACCGGGUGAGCCACCAGACAGCCCUUACUUGUAUCCAGACGAUGCGGCCGAUGCGCCCGUCGUUCGCAUGGCCAGGGCUCCGCCAUCUCCCAAGGUAAAGACCACGUUCGACCCAUCCGCGUCGCCCAUACGGCCUACGUCUAAAGGCUCCUAUACGUCUACCAGAAAAGCAUACGAAGGCGCUACAUUCGGAAUUAUUAGCGCAGAACCGCCACCACCGCCAAUAUCGACGGCACCUAGUAUCGCAUCGUCAAGCUCGGAGGGUCGGAGGAGUCUCAAGGACGCAUUGGGUCUGCUAAGAAAAACCUCUCGGGGGUCCAUCAAAGACAAAGAAAGGAAGGCGGAUCAAGUGCGCAAGACGACCAGUUACAGCGACACCAUGAGGUAUAACGUCCCCCGUAAUCGGGCGAGCAUACGCUCCAUGUAUUCCAUGGUAGAUGCUGCCGAAGAAAGACGCCCGUUUAGUGUUGGGAUGGAGGCGCGAACAACGAAUGCUGUCAGCGCCCCUCCCAGCAGAGAUAAUCAGUCGUUACAGAUCCUUAAGGAGCCCGCGCCUGGGGGAAUUGGAAGUGGUCGAACGAUUCCUGCCCGCGAGUCCUCGUUACGGCACAGUUUCUCGUCCAGCUCGAAGUACCACCGCCCGACUCGUCACAGACGGUAUUCUUCUGUUGGUGACAAGGAUAUUAAAGCUGACAAGGGUGUAUUUGAAGCGGACAAUAACGAGGCUGAACAAGUAACGAAACGAAUACAGCAGCUGAAAGACCAACAGCAAAAGAUCAAAUCUGAAUUAGAAACAGACAACACCCCAGCCAAAGCCACCAGAGAAGCCACUGAAACGCCCGUUGAGCCGUCUGCGCCUUCGCAGAAACCAAGUGAGAUGCGCCAGGAAGCUACCAGCCCUGCCAAAACGAUUGCUGUGGUCGACGAGAGUGCACCAGCCCCAGCGGUUUUGACGGGCAAAAGCAGAACGAUGCCCUCGACGGGGACACCGCUGUCAUUCAUGGCGGAUCAACCACAAUCGAAGUCGACCAGGCUAUCACUAGACAAGUUGGACCAGACGGACAAACUUCAUCACCGGCAAUCUUUGGAGCCAUCGACCCCGACGAAGCGCCAUAAGCGUUCUCCCUCUGGUCCCACUUCCCCAGCUCGCGUAUCCGUCGCGGUUGAUCGCCCGUCAAGCGUCGACUCGGUUGACGUCGCGGUGUCCGACUAUGUCUCUUCACCGAAGUUGACGCAAAAAAUUCCUCAUCCAACUACAGGCCGGAUGAUCGCGUUUUCAGAAGUCGGAGAUCCUAAAGGGCAUGUUGUACUCUGUUGCUUGGGUAUGGGCCUUACGAGGUAUCUGAUGGCGUUCUACGACGAAUUGGCACGGACUCUCAAACUCCGACUCAUCACUCUGGAUCGUCCUGGUGUUGGCGAAAGCGAACCUUAUAUGGACGAGACGGGAACACCUCUAGGCUGGCCUGAUGAUGUCGCGAUUGUUUGUAACCACCUUAGGGUCACAAAGUUUUCUCUUCUCGCUCAUUCUGCUGGGGCGAUCUAUGCAUUAGCCACAGCCUUAAGAAUCCCGCAGCAUAUCCGUGGCCGUGUUCACCUGCUGGCCCCUUGGAUCCCGCCGUCCCAACUGUCCAGUAUUGGCUCACAUAAGGAGCCUGUACCCGCUAAUGCUGUGCCGUACUCGCAAAGGAUUCUCCGUGCUUUGCCAACAUCAAUCCUAAAGGUUGCCAACUCCAGCUUCAUGAGCGCGACAAGUGCUAGUAUUACCUCGAGCUUGCCAAAGUCUCCCCGAAGGACUCGAUACCGGACAACGAUGAAAGAAACAUCCAGUAACGCGGCCCCGGCUAAGGCCCCCCAACGAGCGCAGUCCAAGAUACGCCAGCAAGGCGAUGAACUUGAAGCCCUGGAGAACAUGAUGCCCGGCGCCUCUGACCAGCCAUCCCUCAAUGCAAACACUGUGGAGGUUGACCGUGAAGCCACAAUGACCGAGGAACGUGAACGUCAGAUCGACUAUGAUAAUCGGCUGACCCAUAAGAUUUGGGAGCUAGCUACCAUGAACGCCAACCCGGCAAUUGAUUUGCUAAUAUGCCUGGAACGUAACCGGCCGAUUGGAUUCCGUUAUGUUGAUAUCACCCGAGCAGUGGUGAUCCACCAUGGAAGCAAAGACACUCGAGUUCCCGUGGACAAUGUCAGGUGGCUCGGGAAGACCAUGCGGCGAUGCGAAGUCCGAAUCCUCGAGGAUGAAGGUCACGGAUUGAUGGCAUCUGCGGCUGUCAUGGGAAAUGUCCUGAUGGAAAUCGCCAAAGAAUGGGAAGACUGGAUGAUCCUGGUCCAAGGCAAACGGAAAGCGACGACAGCAGCAGCAGCGCGAUCUGGUAUUGCGCAACGAGUAUAA